GUUGUAUAUAUAAUGCGUCAUGGCGCAUGUCAAAUCACAUCUACCGCUAUCAGUGUCAGUUCAUCCGUCUGUGAGAAGGUGUCUUUCACAGUGAAAUGAUGUUCGCGAGUUGUCUGUGGAAAUAAAUACUCGAAACUUGUCGCGGCAUUGUUUCAAUCGAAAGCGCGAGGAUGGCGGAAUCGAACGGUCCAAUUCUUCAUGUUAUCGUGGUUGGAUUUCAUCAUAAAAAAGGCUGCCAGGUAGAAUAUUCGUUUCCACCUUUAGUACCUGGUGCUCCAAACGAGUGUCCCUUGGGAUGGAAAUAUUUGCCUACGCUCGCUUUGCCAGACGGUUCUCAUAACUAUGAUGAAGAUACAGUUUACUUCCAUUUACCUAGUCUUAGCGAUCCAAAACAGACGAUAUAUGGAAUCUCAUGUUUUCGGCAAAUACCUGUAGAGAAAUUGAAAAAUCGCACAUCUGAUAUAACAAGAGGUACUGUACAAAAAUCAGUUUGUGUGCUAAGUACCUUGCCUUUGUACGGACAUAUUCAAGUGAAAAUGGCCCUUAUAACACAUGCAUAUUUUGAGGAAGGAGAUUUUAGUAAAGUGUCUUUACUAGAAGAUACUUAUCAUCAUCUUAAUUCAUGCAUGAGUGGCGAUAGUCAAAUACCACCGCAAAUCUUUGUUGGUUUGUCAGCAAGAGAUUUUAUAUUGCAGUUUCGCCACAAAGUAUUGCUCUUAUUUAAAUUACUUUUGCUCGAAAAAAGGAUAGUUUUCUAUCAAUCUCCUGUACAACCUUUGUGUGCUACAAUAUUGACCUUAUUGUCACUGUAUCCUGGCAUGAUCGAACGUGGUCUUCAACAAGCAGCUUGCGUCAGACCAUCCAGACCGAUGUCUCCAAUUCCAACUUUCGAUGAGGACGAAAUUACUACUAACAAUGUGGUCGAUUCUAACUUAUCAUCCACGCAUAUAGUUAAAGAUAAUGAAUCAAAUACAAAUCACGAGCAGUGUAAUGACAACAGCAAUAGGAAUUCUUUGUGUAUUAAUGACAAUAAGACCAUGGAGUCUAUGGAGGGCAAGUGCUUGGACGGGCUGCGACAAGUAACCCUACAGAAAAAUAACAACGACAACGAAAAUUUAAAUAUGAAAGUUAUAGAAAUCGAGUCGGCACAAGAAUGUACCGAAUCUUACAUAGAAGAGAGCAAUUCCAAAUAUUCGCCGAAGCCAAACGAUAACGUACACAGAGUACACAGUGUAAAUGCCAUUACGUUGACCACGGGCGACACGGAUAAUAGUUUACCUCGUGACACCAGUAACGAUGCGCUCUCCGAUGUGAGAGUGACCAAUAACAUCACGCAAAUUGCGCAUAUUAAUCCGGAGUUGUGCGGAUUGCCACUGGAACUGUUCACGAAGGGAUAUCUGUGCUUACCUUAUUUAUCUUUACCCUAUCUGGAUCUCCUAGGAGAUGUUAAUGUUAGAGGAUAUAUAGUAGGCGCUACGAAUGUGUUGUUUAAACAGAAGAAGCAGCUUAUCGAUGUGUUAGUUGAGGUUGAAAACUCAAGAAUAGAGACAACCGAUCCCGAAUUGAGACGACAGCUGCAUCUCACUACCGAGGAUUUGAGAUUCGCCGAUUAUGUUGUAAGGCAUGUGGUCGAACCUCGAAAGGACAUUUUUCUAGACGGAGUAGGAUGGGAGGGCGGCGACGAGUGGAUUAGAACACAGUUUCGGGUGUAUCUCUUGAGCAUGCUGCGCACCUCUAUGCAGCACGAUACUCGUCAAUCGGAUCACUACAAUGCAGCAUUCAUGUCUGCAUGGCGCGCCACAAACAAUUAUAAGACGUGGUGCAACGAACGUAAACAGGAGAUACACAAUAUCGAACCUGGUCAUCCCUUUGCCGGUCAGUUAUCAGUACAAGAUAUGAAACUGCGUCUUUCACACACAAUGCAGAACACAGAAAGUGGCAGAAAAUUAAAUCAAGCAAUGGCCUCAACUGGACGCGCAGUGGCAACUACUGGGAAAGCCGUGGGGGGAGCGUUAUCGCAAGCAAAGGGGGCAUUCUCAAAUUGGUGGAGUACAUUGACCACAGUUCAGUCAGUCGACGAAUCAAAGAUUGACAAUCAAACGACAAAUCUCCAUCACACGGUGUCUAGCAUCACGGACAAAGAUUCUAUCGAAGAUGAAGAAAUGAAUGUCUCCGCUACUAAUAACGCAGAUAUUACCGUAGAUCUUGAUUAAUUGAUAUAAAAGCACAUCAAUGAGAAACAAUAGUGAAUUACUCAAACUGAAAAAAAAAAAAAAAANAAAAAAAAAAAAAAAA